CGGAGUUAUACAGAAUGCAGACUAAGGUCUGAGACGCUCAGUGAGUUGAUAGUGAGACAGAAAAUUUGAAUCUGGCGAUGGAUCUCAAUCACCUGCUCGACGCUCUACUCCCUUCGUGGACUUCGGCUGCCAUGCUACUCGCCUUCUUCGUUUAUCUGGCAAUUGUUGGAUCUCUUCUUCCCGGAAAGCUCGUUCCCGGCGUCACCUUGUCCGAUGGCACUCGCCUCCACUAUCGUUGCAAUGGUUUGUUAUCGCUUCUUCUGUUCGUUUUGCUACUUGGGGUUGGAGCAUGGAUGGGUCUUGUAUCGCCUACUGCAAUAGCAGACAGAGGGCUUGAGCUUUUGUCUACAACAUUUAUAUUCAGUUUUUUGGCAACUUUGGCACUCUAUGUUGUUGGAUGCAAGUCCAGAGAUCGCAGCUCAUCUCUGAAGCCUCGUGUAUCUGGGAACUUAAUCCAUGACUGGUGGUUUGGGAUACAGCUUAAUCCUCAAUUCAUGGGCAUUGAUCUCAAAUUUUUCUUUGUUAGAGCUGGAAUGAUGGGAUGGUUACUUAUCAAUCUUUCAGUUCUUGCAAAAUGUAUUCAAGAAGGCAACUUAAACCGAUCCAUGGUUCUCUACCAGCUAUUUUGUGCCCUGUAUAUUAUCGACUACUUCAUCUAUGAAGAAUUUAUGACCUCCACAUGGGAUAUAAUUGCGGAGAGACUGGGGUUCAUGCUGGUUUUUGGCGAUCUAGUGUGGAUCCCUUUCACCUUCAGCAUUCAGGGUUGGUGGCUUUUAAGCAACAAAGUGGAGCUAACAACAGCUGCUUUAAUUGCCAAUUGUCUUUCUUUCGUGAUUGGGUAUCGUGUAUUUAGAGGAGCAAACAAGCAGAAGCAUGUCUUCAAAAAGAACCCUAAAGCUCCAAUAUGGGGGAUGCCUCCAAAAGUUGUUGGGGGGAAAUUGCUGGCUUCUGGCUAUUGGGGAAUUGCACGGCAUUGUAAUUACCUAGGGGAUUUGUUACUUGCCCUCUCCUUCAGUUUACCGUGCGGAAUAAGCUCCCUAGUUCCAUACUUCUAUCCCAUAUAUCUUCUUAUUUUGCUAAUAUGGAGGGAGAGAAGGGAUGAUGCCCGCUGUGCUGAGAAGUAUAAAGAAGUUUGGGAAGAAUAUUGUAAGCUUGUCCCUUGGAGGAUAUUGCCAUAUGUUUAUUAGCGGGUGAGGGAUCAUUCACUGUUGUGAAUUUUGGGAUAUCAUCAAACUAAUGCAAAUGCAUGUGCAGAUAGAGAUGUAGAUCUGAUUAAUUUCUGUUGUGUGACUGCAGGAAAUAUCGACUUUAGUUGUCCAGAUUCUACUUUCUGAUUGAGCUGUUUUAAGCUUAAAUUCUGUGCAUUUCAUACUAUCGCUGAAUUAGAAUCCGGCUUGUGAAUUGUGAAA